AUGGGAAAUAGAGAAAUAAAAAUUCUUUGCUAUGCAGAUGAUGCUAUCCUCAUAGCAGAAAGUGAAGACAACCUACAAAGAUUGAUCCACAAGUUUAACAUAGUAUCAAAGAAGCUGAACAUGGUAAUUACAUACCAAAAAACAAAAACACUGGUCAUUAGCAAAGAACCGAUUAGAUGUAAGAUAGAAAUUGACGGUACCAGCAUUGAACAGAUUAUGGAAACCAACUACUUGGGUAUCACACUAUCGAGGUGCGGAGAUGUAGAAUCAGAAGUAAAAAAAAAACAAGUACAGAAAGCCAAUAGAGCAGUAGGAUGCCUCAAUAAUGCAAUAUGGAGAAACAAACAUAUUAGAACGGAAACUAAGACUAGAAUUUACAAAGUUGUUAUGAGAUCAAUAAUGACAGACAAAGCAGAAAUGCGACCGGAUACGUCCAAAAUACAAAGAAUGCUGGAAACAGCUGAGAUGAGAUUACUGAGGAGAAUCACGGGGAACACACUGAGAGCUACUACAUUAGAACAACAUGUAAUGUGGAGAAGUGGUUAUUGA